AUGGAGACAGAAGCUGUGAACUACCAUAAUGACACAGGUGAGAUAACGGAUAUCCCUGUACUAGAAGCUGGAAAAAUAGUCAAUUGUCAAUUGGCCGCUCCCUGGGACAUCCAGGUGGUGAGCGACAAACGGGCUCAUCAUAAUGCACUGGAACGAAAACGUAGGGACCACAUCAAAGACAGCUUUCACAGUUUGCGGGACUUGGUCCCAUCACUCCAAGGAGAAAAGGCAACCCGGGCCCAAAUCCUAGACAAAGCCACAGAAUAUAUCCAGUAUAUGCGAAGGAAAAACCACACACACCAGCAAGAUAUUGACGACCUCAAGCGGCAGAAUGCUCUUCUAGAGCAGCAAGUCCAUGCACUGGAGAAGGCGAGGUCAAGUGCCCAACUGCAGACCAACUACCCCUCCUCAGACAACAGCCUCUACACCAACGCCAAGGGCAGCACCAUCUCUGCCUUUGAUGGAGGCUCAGACUCCAGCUCAGAGUCAGAGCCUGAAGAGCCCCAAAGCAGGAAGAAGCUCCUGAUGGAGGCCAGCUAAGUUGUGGGGCAGGCCAGCAAUAAAAACCUCUCUCUUUCCUCCGUCGUCUCAUCCUCCUUUCGGUUCAUCCUUAGAACCCUCAAACCUAUAUAAGAGACUAUUUGUUUUUUGGGUUUUUUUUCCUCUCUCUCUUUUUAAUUUUAUUUUUACAUAGAAGCUCUUGGACAACAGCUCUCGUUCUCCUUCCCAUGUUUCACUUUUUUUUUUUUUAAUUUCCCUUCAGGGAUUCCCUGUCCCCACCAGGAAUUUUUAAACCAAAACACCCCAACUUGGCAGCUUUUUUCUGUGGAGGACAGACAGCCGGCCGGACCUCUGAGCACAUGGUGUCCUGACCACCCACCAGCUCCUCCUGUGCUGCCGGGCACAGGACCGGAGGACUCCUGCCCCUCUCAGACCUCUCCUCUUGGGCCACCCUCACCUCUGUUUGAUAGACUUUGUGAAUCUGGACAGCUCUACUUGAAGAAGACAACCAGUUUGGCGUGAUCAGAAUAGCCCCCCUUCUUCAGGAUUUUUUCCUUCUGAAAAGCUGUUUAUUGCUCCUUGAAAGACCAGAUCCUUGAAGAACAUUAUUGUGUAAAAGGAAGUGGGGACAGAUUUG